AUGUUAACUAAGAUUUUUGGCAUUUUUGCUCUUCUGGCGUUAGCAAUGGCAGCGCCAAAACCAGAGCCGUCACCACAAGUUAUUUCAUACACAGCGGGAUUUGAUUACGUAUAUCCUGGCUCAUCUGCGGCAGUCAUCUCGCCGUAUUCUGUGCCAUACACCUACUCUGCUUUGCCUUACGGUACCGUGUACCUUCGCUAG